AUGGAGGACAGAAGCCAGCAGGUGCUGGCCAUCGGUACCACUUUCUUCAUUCUCGCCUGGCUCGUCGUCCUGCUCCGCAUCUAUGUCCGCGCCUACAUGAUCAAGUCGUGGGGCAUCGAUGACUGGGUCAUGAUGCUUGCCCUGGCCUGCUUCACCGUCUACCUCGUUUCCCAGCUCGGCGGCGUCUACUACGGCACCGGCCGGUUAGAUAAAGACCUAGAUCCAAACGAUAGGAGACGAGCUUUACGGUUUUGGUACAUAUGUGAAUUGUUCUAUGUAAUAGCAUCGUCCACGCUCAAGGUUGCCAUUGGUCUUUUCCUGCUCCGCAUCGCAGUCAACCGCUUCCACAUCUGGAUCAUCUACUUUGUCAACGGCGCCUCGAUCGUCUUCGGCUUCGCCUACCUUUGCGUUGUCACCUUCCAGUGCUCUCCUAUCCACACCUUCUGGACCAUCAAACCCAACAACGAGCACUGUUUGCCGCGGGACACGGUUGCAAACAUCACUUACGCCGCAAGUGCGCUCGCCGCCAUUGCCGAUUGGACCUUUGGAAUCCUUCCUGGUUUCAUCGUCUGGGAUCUCCACAUGAACACGAGGACCAAAGGAGUGGUGGUCAUCAUCCUUGGGUUCGCAGCCAUUGGCAGCACGGCGACCCUUGUCCGCAUCCCCUUCAUCAAGGGGCUGAAGGUCCUCGACAACUUUCUCUAUGAGUCCACGGACGUUGCCAUUUGGUCUACCAUUGAGCCCGGUGUUGGUAUGACGGCUGCUUGUGUCGCCACUCUUCGCCCGCUCCUGCAAAAGAUUCUCCACAAGACCGGCCUGUCCACACCGUCCCGCACGCAUCCCAGCCGCUUCACGCCCAACUGGGGCAGCUCCGCGAACCAGCUCGGCUCCAAGAAGCAGUCAGGAUACAUUCGCAGCCCGAGCUACUCUCACGGCAUGGACACGCUUCGGCCCGAUGGCACCGGCACCAGGACCACCGUCACGGGCGGCGAAAGCAAGAACUGGCGUACGCAAAGCGACGGGUCUUCCGAGGAGCACAUUUUUGCGGAAUCAAGAGCCGGGGCCAUGAACAUCAGCAAAAGCGUCGAGGUGACGCAUAUCACAGAGUCGGCACCGCCUUCUCAGCACAACGGGCGGCGUUCGGACGACAGCAUCGUAUAA